GCGGAGCCGCCGCGUCUGCGGGAGCCGCCGCCGCCCCGCCGGGCCGCGCCGGGCAGCGCCGGGGAGCGCAGCGGGGAGCGCGGGGGAGCAGCGGCACCGCCGAGAGCGGCGGCAGCGGGCGGGAGGAGCCGCCGGCACCGGCAGAGCCGCGCCCCGGGCCCCGCCAGCGGCCGCCCCGCCCGGCCCCGGGGGCGGCGGGCCCGGCACGGCCCGGCCAUGCUCGGCCUGGAUGUGUGCGAGGCCGGCGGGCAGCUCCUGGAGCUGCUCUGGCUGGCGCUGUGCUACCGAGACAUCAUGGCUGACAAGGAGGGGGUGACGCUAUCGCUGGAGGAGGAGGAGGAGGAUGCCGACGUGGCCCUGGCGUACAAGACGCCGGAGAAGAAGAGCCUGCAGGAGAUCCAGGAGCUGGACCCGGGGGAUGAGAGCCUGCGGAAGUACAAGCAGGCGCUGCUGGGUGCCAUCCCCGCUGCCGUGGAUGCCAGCGUGCCCAACGUGCAGGUGACAAAGCUGACACUGAUGUGCGAGCAGGCGCCGGGGCCCAUCACCAUGGACCUGACAGGAGACCUGGAGGAGCUGAGAGGCCGGGCCUUUGUGCUGAAGGAAGGGGUGGACUACAGGGUGAAGGUGUCCUUCAAGGUGAACCGGGAGAUCGUCUGCGGGCUGCGGUGCCUGCACCUCACCUACCGCCGGGGCCGGCCCGUGGAUCGCGACGUGUUCAUGGUGGGCAGCUACGCGCCGCGGGCCGAGGAGUACGAGGUGGUGACGCCGGCGGAGGAGGCGCCGCGGGGAUGGCUGGCGCGGGGCUCCUACCGCGUCCGCUCGCUCGUCACCGACGAUGACAAGUCGGAGCACCUCUCCUGGGAGUGGGGCCUGUGCAUAAAGAAGGCUUGGGAGGACUGACCCCACCCGCACCCCGCUCCCCCCGCCAGCUCGGGGACGAGGUGCCGCCAUCCCGGGGACCCUCGGCGGCACCGCCGCGCUUGCCCCAGUCGCGUCAAGGGUUGAGGGGGAUCCCUUAGCGAGUGAGAGCCCGUGGUCGUGGUCUUCGCAACCAAAGUUAUUUUUAAUUGCUCUUUUUUUUUUAAAUAUCGACGCCCGCCUGGUCCUCACGGCGUCCCUGUCGCUGGGGCCGGGGCUGUGACCCUGCCGUGGCGGUGCCGUGCCCGGUUCCCGCCCGGUCGCAGGCUGUGCUCUUCCAUCGCCAUUAAACCCUACAGACUGGUCUCUUA